CGCAGCAUCCAGCCCAUUGGAGUUGAGAGACUCAGUUUAGAUCACAAUAGUCGUCAGGGAAACCAACGAUGUCCAUAGAUGGCUGAACGCAUUUUUUUUCCCUUUUUCUUACUGGCUAUGCCGAGAUCGCUGUGCGGGGUCUCCCGGCUUCUUGGCAGAGGCUUCGCGUGUCCUCAUAAACAUCAACCGUGGGAGACCUGCGUUGCCUUGGAGGGGACCAUGUACAAUCGGAAUACGGAAAAGAAGACCUUGCCUCGUACCUGUACACAUGGACGCACCGUGGACAGUGAGGUAUCGUGCGGCGAUGUGUCUAGCUCAAGGGACAAUAAACAACAACACAAACACACGGCGGCGCUUUCAAGCACCCGUCUCGGAGACACAAAAGAGCGAUCCCGCUAAGGAAGCACAGGAAGAGCAGUGGGCAGCCCCAUCCAUCGCAAAGACGCAGAGGGAGGAGAGCACUGUGGAAAAAAAAAAUACGUGCAGCCAUUAAUAUACAAGCGAAGUGAUGUACCG